AUGAAAGAUUUGGUCCAAGCAACUAAGACGACGAAGCACCACUCUCUCAGCAUCCCACCUGAACUCAUAGAGGAAAUCAUCGAUUACCUCUGGGAUGACAAAGACGCGCUCAUCGCCUGUUCUUUCGUCUGCCGACUGUUCUACCUCCGCACCCGUGUACACCUCUUACACAGCAUCGAGCUCAAGCACACACCCGACGAUUUGUUCUCCCAAAGCGUCCUCCCGUACAUCAAGAACAUCACCAUACGCCGCGGUUCCGAUAUCCCCAGCCUAAUUCCAUUCCUAUCAUCCCUCCCAAACCUAACCGCGCUCCACCUCGACAGAUUCCAAUUCCCCGAUCCAUGGUCGCUCCACCGCCUCAUCUGUCAGCUCCCUGGGUUGACAAGCCUCCAAUUGAGCGCGAUACGAUUCCGGCAGGAUUUCCUGGUCGAGCUUGGGAGCGUUGGUGGGUUGCUUCCGAAGAUCAACAAGAUAUCAAUGUGGGGAACAUCGUUCCGUGCUUCCGUCGUGGAGUUCCUCAUCCAUCAGCGAGAGCUACGAGCAGUAUAUGCAGAUUCCCUGCGCGAGCUUUGUAUCAUGUACCCUCCUGGGGAAUAUCUCUCUUCGAUAUGCGCGUUUGUCCGUGCAGCGUCGAGGUCCUUGAGGAGCUUGGAUAUUCGUAUCCGUAGAGUUAUGUAUCGUAUAAACAUAAUGUCGGGAUGGCCGGCUCAGCUUGACAUUGAGAUGGAGUGUAGUCAACGCAGCAGUUGGCAUAUCAAAGUCAUGAGAUGGUUGCUCGAUUCUCUGACUGGCGCUGAUGGACCUAUCAUGAUGAAGACGCUUCUGUUGGUGGUCGUGCCUCCCUCGCUUUUUGAUGGCCUCACUAUGGAUGACGAUGACUGGGUGAGGCAAUGGUCAAGGUUGGAUGAGAUCCUAACAGGGCCAGACAUGAAGGCGUUUCAAUGGUUGAAGGUGACAUUUAACCCUCACGCUGAUUACCCUUCUUCCUGGGAAGGAUCGCAUUUCAUAGAGUGGGUCCAUGAAACACUCCCGCUUAUGGAAAAGAGAAACAUGCUCGAUGUAGAUAUCGUCGAGGAUACAGGUUGACAAAUUAGCAUAAACCGCGAGCCUGAUUCUUAGCUUGAUAGUAUCAUUAUUCUAUAUCAACUAGAGCCCAAUAAUCGGACCGAUCGAUCGAUGGCCAAACUCGCCACAGUUUACUUGAACCACCCAUUCGAUAAUUCGACAAGGAGAGCUAUAAUUCAGCAGGAAGCUUCAAAUGACAGAACAUCUCAAAAUGUUAUAGGUAAUGGUACAUUUGCUACUACCUAGCAAUAUUGUUUUCUCGAACUAUUUAUCUAAGGAACGAAUACAUUUUACAAGAUCACCAAGACGCUCUCAUUCACGAGAAAUUGCCUGCUCCCUUAGAGGCCGUGGCACAGCCUGUUUGAAGAAAAUAUAAG